AUGAUUCCGCGGCAAGGCUACGCCCCCACGCCGCACAGCUACAUUCCCAACCCCAGCUUCUCCGCAACAAUCAAUCUUGACGAGGAAGUCAAGCUCGCCGAGACCCGAGCCGAGCGCGACCUGCAAGACUCCCUCGCAGAACUCUUCAGCAUCAUCGUCACGCUGGACGAGCUCGAGCGGGCCUUCCUCAAAGACGCGAUCCCCGAGGCCGAAUACACCGAGAUUUGCGAACGGUCCCUGCGCCAGUACAAGGCCCUGCUGGCGGACGACACCAUUGCCCGCGAGUUUCAAGGCCUGGAGGAGUUCAAGGCCAAAUGGGACCUUCAAGCUCCUCGCGCGACGGAGCGUCUCCGCGUCGGCAUGCCCUCCACCACGGUCACGGCCUCGUCGUCGGCGCCAGGUGCGCAAGCCGUGUCGGGCGGCGGCAGCACCAGCGGCGUGCUGAUCCUCGAGGCCACCCAGGAGUUCAUCACCUUCCUCGACGCCGUCAAGCUGGGCAUGCUGUCAAAGGAUCAGCUGCACCCGUUGCUGUCCGACGUCAUCCAGUCGGUGAACCGCGUGACGGACCAGGACUUUGACAGCAGGGGCAAGAUUGUCCAGUGGCUCAUCACGCUCAAUCAGAUGAAGGCUACGGAUGAGCUCAGCGAGCAGCAGGCCAGGGAGCUGGAGCUGGAUAUACAGCAGGCAUACCAGGGAUUUAGGAGGACGUUGACGUGA